AGGGGCUCUUACACCGGGCUGGUGCUGGAAAUCAUCACCCCAGAGCUGGGUCAGGAGAGAACGGCCCCAGUGACAACCGGCAGGGAAUAAGCGCUGUCGGUUUGGAAAACAAGUUGUCCUAGAUAUAUGAGAACCUAAAACACCCAUGGAUAAAUGACCCACAUCAUGCUGGACAGCAACUGCUCUGCAGUUUUGAAAGAAGCCUACAGGUUUGAGGUAUAACUAGAGUUCUGCCCAGCUUUACAUCCCAAGCAUGAAGCUGUAUGGUGUGGCACAUCCUUGUGGCCAGCUGGGGCCAGCUGUCCCAGCUGUGACCCCUCCCAACUCCUGGUGCACCCCCAGCCUCCUCCCUGGUGGGCUGAGGGGUAGAAAAGGCCUUGGAUCUAUGAAAGCACUGCUCAGCAAUAAGGAUAAUAAGCAAUAAUACUGCUCAGCAAUAAGGAAAAUAUCCAUGUGCUAUCAACACUGUUUCCAGCACAAAUGCAAAACACAGCCCCACGUGAGAUACUAUGAAGAAAAUUAACUCUAUCCUGGCCAAAACCAGCCCACCUGCUGAUACCCUCAUGUAGAGAAAUAAGGAACAUGGAAACACCAGUGCAAGAAGGAAUGACAAUGAGAGCCAGAAGGUAAAAUCGGCUGUGCUUUCUCUGCAGUGACUCAGAAAGUCAAGAAGAGUAAGGAUUCCUGUUAACAUCAGCAGAAGAAAAAUGUACUGAUUCCCUGUUUUCGUGGGUUCUAUUUCAUUGAAGUGGUGCAGCUGCCAUUGCUGACAUCGUCUCAGAGGGUCUGAAAUCCCCACAGCUUGAAAAAGAACCUAGAAAUGAUCUACUGCCUGGAAUAUCAACUUUGGCAGCCGGGAAAGGCAGGUCUGCCAGAAAGAAACUACUCACAUGAAGAUGAGGUGGAACUGACAACAAGUGUGGCAACAGAAGACACUGAACACCUAACCAGCUCAGGAACCCAGGCUUUCCCACAGGACUGAUUGGCGAAGCCUUUCCUUAUGAGCUGCUGAUGCAGCCUCUGGGUGCAACCAGCAGGAGGUUGCUGGACACCUUGAGACAGAUUGACCCCAAAGAUUACACGUUUUCCGGACUCAAAAAUGAAACUGUUGGUCGACUGCCUGGAAAAGUAGCAGGACAACAAUUUGUCAUACAGGACUGUGAGAACUGUAAAAUCUACAUCUUUGACCAUUCUGCUACAAUCACGAUUGAUGACUGUGUAAAUUGCCAAAUCUUUUUAGGACCAGUAAAAGGCAGCGUGUUUUUCCGUGACUGCAAAGAUUGUAAAUGUGUGGUUGCCUGCCAACAGUUCCGCACGCGGGACUGCAGAAAACUGGAGGUGUUCUUGUGCUGUGCCACCCAGCCCAUUAUCGAGUCCUCCUCAGGUAUGAAGUUUGGAUGUUUCCAGUACUAUUAUCCUGAGCUCGCUUUACAAUUUAAAGAUGCUGGUCUGAGUAUCUUCAAUAACACAUGGAGCAACAUCCACGACUUUACCCCUGUGUCUGGAGAAAAUAACUGGGGCCUUUUGCCUGAAACUGCUGUGGUCCAAGAUUAUGUUCCUCUGCCCAGCUCUGAGGAGCUGAAAGCUGUCAGGGUUUCUACUGAUGCUACAAAGAGCAUAAUACCAAUAACUCGAGGGCGGAGACAGAAAAACAGCGAUGAAUUGUGUUUGGCCGUGUUUUUUGCUGGUGACUACACAACUGCAAAUGCCAGGAAGUUAAUUGAUGAGAUGACUGGUAAAGGCUUUCAGCUGGUACAGACUAAAGAAGUCUUAAUGAAGGCAGAGGAUGCUCACAGAGUUUUCCAGCAGAAUGCAUUAGAAUUCAUUCCACUGCUGGAAAAAGGUCCAGUGGUUGCUUUGGAAUUCAAUGGAGAUGGUGCUGUGGAACAAUGUCAAAGCACUAUAAAUGAAGUUUUUAGUGGGACCAAGGUUUUUGUAUCGGAAAGCAAAGCAUCGGCAUCUCAGGAUGUAGACAAUUUCUACAACUUUGCUGACAUGCAGAUGGGAAUGUGAAGUUUAGCAUCAAGGUGCUCACACACGGUUUGUCUCAGCACUUGGAUGUCACUUGGCUUGAAUAUCGCAGUAGUUUUGUUAUUUAGUUUUGUAUUUCUCAUACAUCUCUUUUAUAAAGCCACUGGUGGUUUUUAAUACCAUGUUAUCUGAACUGGAGUAAACUGCAUAGCUAGCCAUGUGCAUUGUGUUUGAAACUGAAGUUUAACUUCAAAAACAAUUGAGCUUUUCUACUAACUUUUUUACAGUCAUUUCUAAACAUCUGUUGACACUUGAAUGUUUCUUGACAACAUCUAAUGGUUAUAUAUAUUUUAAAAGUGCAAUGCUGAUCCAAGUUUGAUGCAGUAGUAAUUGUUAUCUUUCACUCAGACACAUUGUUUGGAAAGUGUAUUUAUGUGAAACUUGCCCUUCAAAAUUUUCCCACAUGCAAAUUUGUCUUCACUGGGGGUCCAGGAAGGAAGUUGUGGUCGUUGACUUUUUCUGAAAGCUUAGUCUGAAAUGAAUUGUCCUUGUAGCAUGCUUUCAAAAGCAGUUUGUGACUUUGGUUUACUCUGCUUUAGCACACUUUUUGAAUAGAAUUGUUUGCAGCGGCAUUUACGGUGAGAGUUGUUACAACAGCAUUCUGCUAAGUGAGCACUUGCCAGGCUUUUCUGCUUUGAGGUGAAUCCUGAGCAUGAGUGCUGUGCUGAAGCUGCUCUAAGGUCUGCUCAGGUUCUUUGGCGACACAGCUGCCUCUGGCACUGCCAGCUUACACAUGGAAUAUACAGGAGGUUUCUUUGCACUUGGAGCAAUAAACCUCUGGCAUAUUGUUGUUUGCUAGAAGGGACAUAGCCAGUAGUCAGAGAAGGACUUUGAUGGCAUUAAACCCCCCUUCUUCAUUGCUAGACCCCAGGAGAAGGCUUUUACAUGCAGAAGUAUAUAGAAAGUGCUGUAAAGUGCUACACACUGCCAUAGGAUUUAUUUUGUAUUCAUUCUAAAGACAGACUGAAGAAGUGCUACCAGCAUUUUGAGAUAUGCAUUUGAAUAGCGUUCAGUAAUAAUGCUUAUUGCUAAAUAAUGCAUAUUAGAAUGCAAAUCUAUAUGGAUAUUAAAGAUAUGAUUGAAUUAUUUUUUGCAUAUUAUAUCAUUACUGAUUUCUCUACAUGAACUUAAAGCUUUAGUCCAGGUUUCCAAGCCCGCUGUAAUACUUGAACCAACUGUGCAUGCAGACACACAAAACCAAAUUUCACAAUUAAAACAUGGCUUGUCAGUUUGCAUAGCCUUUACAAUUCACUGAAUGGAUUGGGUCUGUGUUGAGGUGCUAAAGCAAUUUCUUCAUUGUGGUCAUCCAUCAAAAUAGAAGAUCUUGCAAAUCUUAACUGAAAAUGAGUUUUGACUCAUCAGUUUCACAGCUCUGGAGCUCCAAAGUGGGUGGCUAAAAACACAUCUCUAAUUUUUUUUUUGAAUUAGCACAUGAAAGAAUCUCUUCGUCUGAAAUUCAUAAUUCUGUAAUGCCCAAGAGAGGUUCUGAACUGUCAUUUUGUUGCUACUGGGAAAAUGCCUACCAUUAGUUUAAACUAGAGAAUAUCUCCUUAGGACUUCUUGUUAUAGUUAUGCAUAGAUUAAAUAAGGAAGAAUAUCUCCUGAAUAAACUACACAAUUGGUGUACUGGAGGUAAGAAUAUGCCACUUCUUUGAAAUGUUUUUAUUUGACAAAGUGAAAGAAAAUCAAGCCACCACCAGAAUCCAACUGGUAGCAGAAAUUACCACUUACUUGCACUUAGCCAGCCAGGAUUUUUUUUUUUUUUUUUUUUUUUUUUUGGUAAGUGUGAGGUGAAACUGUAAAAAGAACUAAAAAUUUUAUCUUGCUCUCCGAAGUAGUAGCACAACUCAUCAGUCAACAUUUACAGGAAUUAAUCUAGAUAUGCACAGUAAAUGUAUUAUUUUGGUAUGGACCAAAAUAUAUAUAUUUGGUAUGGACAUUGUAAUUGUAUAAUGUACUUCAGAGCUGUCAUUGGGUGACUUGUAUUGGCAGUACAUAUACCAGACUACCUUGGUCUCUAAACUUUUACAUAUAAUAUUUUCAAAGUUACAUGCUGACAUAUGAUUAUGUGUAUGGUCAUUGCUUAUUUUUUGUAUCAUCAACCUGCUCUGGGAACAAAGUGCUAAAUGGACUUUUGUGACUUCUUUUGCUGGAGGACAGGAUGAUUAAUUGAAAAUUAAUCUAGGCUUGAAACAGCGGAAUAACCUUUCUACAUGCUGGGAAAGAGCAGUGUUGCACAUUUUUUUUCUUUAACAUGGAUGGUCUGUUUACCGACAUCAAGAAUUUUUAAUUAAAAAAUCUCUAAAUAAUGAAGGAAUUUCUCAAUCAUUUAUCUAUCUUUUGAUUUCCAUUUCUUGCUAAUAGGUGUUAAGAACAUUUCUAUUUUAAAGAGUCAGGAAUGCUUUGCAUUACAGGAUGGUACGUGUUUCAUGUAUUCUUUGUACAUUUCUUGUGUAGCUUUUAUUGUAAUUUGUAUUACACUGUGAAUGUGAUUCAUAAUAAACAUUUGAAAUAUUUGAA